AUGGAGCACGAACACGCCGCGAGCUUGACGGCGCGGGCGGUGAAGAAGGCGCUGCCAGACCGCGCGAUCGUGACGAGAGAGGCGCAAAAGACUCUGAACUCGGCGACGAGCGUCUUUACGCUGUAUUUGGCGUCUCUCGCGCACGAGACGGCAGUGGACAACAAGCGCAGUACCAUUAUGUUGAAAGACGUGCUGCAGACGCUACAAGACGCUGAUUUCGAGCACUUUCUCGAGCCCAUUGAGGCGUGUGUACGAGAGACAAAAGCAGCGGCAAACAAGAAGCGGGAGCAUCAGGAGGAUAUGAUGGAGGUAGAGGACGGAGCUGAGACGACGAGUGAAGUGGCAGCACAGCUCGAUGAAGUGGCGAUCGACACGAACGGUGAAGAGGAGGACGCUGAGGAAGAUGGGAUGCCGACGGACGAGCCGUUGGAUAUUGACGAGCACGACAGCGGCGAUGCCGACGAAAGCGUGGCGAACGAUGCUGCGCAAGACAAAGCCGCGGUUGGACGAGUACAUGGUAGUCAAACGGCACGUGAGGGGAAGACGGAAGAUGAAGAUGACGAGGCAAUGGAGCAGUGA